ACAGCUUACGCCCUGACAACUCUGGUUCCAGGGAUCGGUGCGCUCCCUGCGGCCCCGGUUGGAGCCGGUGGAUUACAAACUCCUGUUAAGUGGCGCACCGUGCUCCUCCUCUCCAUCUUUUACCAGGAGUAAACCCAGGAGCUCGGAGCGCGUCCACACCGCCAUCUCUCUGAAGGAGAAAUCCUCAAUAUACUGUCAGCAUCAGCCCGGCCGAGAGCACCUGCAGUGUGAGGAGAGUAAGGAGGUGAGGAGGGGGGAAAAAAGAUCAAGAGAGUGAGGAGAGAGGGAGAUGGGUGCGAAGACGCGUAGUUCUCCGUGAUUGUUUCAGUGGAAGGUGGUGAAGUUGUUGGCUCCCCUCCGCUCGGAUCUUCUCUCCAGGUCGUUGAGUGUGUUUGCUUUCAGCAUGAGUAACAUCUACGAGUCUGCAGAAGCCACGCUGGGCUUCAUCAGCUCUCCAUGCCUCACCAAAGUGGAGCUCAGAGUUGCCUGCCGCGGGAUCUCAGACCGUGACGCUCUUUCCAAACCAGACCCUUGUGUGGUUUUGAAGAUGCAGUCCCACGGGCAGUGGUUUGAGGUGGACCGCACAGAGGUGAUACGCAGCAGCAGCGGCCCAGUCUUUUCCAAAAUCUUCCUGGUGGAUUACUAUUUCGAGGAGGUCCAGAGGCUUCGUUUUGAACUUCAUGACAUCAGCUCCGCCAACAACGGCCUCCGUGAUGCCGACUUCCUGGGCGCCAUGGAGUGCACCUUAGGACAGAUUGUGUCACAGAGGAAACUGACCAAAUCUCUACUCAAACAGGGGAACACAGCAGGAAAGUCUUCUAUUACGGUGACAGCUGAGGAACUGUCUGGUAAUGACGAUUACGUUGAACUCUCCUUCAGCGCGCGAAAGCUGGAUGACAAGGAUUUCUUCAGCAAGUCUGACCCUUUUCUGGAGAUCUUCAGGGUGAACGAUGACGGGACGGAGUCUCUCGUACACAGAACCGAGACGGUCAUGAACAACCUGAGUCCAGUCUGGAAGUCUUUUAAAGUUUCCCUGAACACGCUCUGCAGCGGCGACCAUGAGAGGGAGCUAAAGUGCACAGUCUGGGACUGGGACUCCAAUGGAAAACACGAUUUUAUCGGAGAGUUUCAGACGACGUUCAAAGAAAUGAGGGCCGAACAAGAGGGAAAACAGAUUCAGUGGGAGUGCAUCAACCCUAAAUACCAGAUGAAGAAGAAGAAUUAUAGGAACUCUGGUGUUGUCAUGCUCAACCACUGUAAGAUCAUCAAAAUGUAUUCCUUCCUGGACUACAUCAUGGGAGGCUGUCAGAUUCAGUUCACAGUGGCAAUAGACUUCACAGCAUCUAAUGGCGAUCCCCGGAACAGCUGCUCCCUGCAUUACAUCCACCCAUACCAGCCAAAUGAGUACCUUAAAGCCCUGGUGGCUGUGGGGGAGAUCUGCCAGGACUACGACAGUGAUAAGAUGUUCCCCGCCUUUGGAUUCGGAGCGCUUAUACCACCUGACUUCAAGGUGUCCCACGACUUUGCUGUGAACUUCGAUGAGGACAACCCUGAAUGUGCUGGGAUCCAGGGUGUGGUGGAGGCCUAUCAGAACUGCCUCCCCAAGAUCCAGCUGUACGGACCCACAAACAUCGCCCCCAUCAUCCAGAAGGUGGCCUCGUCGGCCUCUGAGGAGAUGCACACCAAAGAGGCCAUGGAAUAUUUCAUCCUACUGAUCCUGACAGACGGCGUCAUCACCGACAUGGCCGACACGCGGGAGGCCAUCGUGCACGCCUCUCACCUGCCCAUGUCCGUCAUCAUCGUUGGCGUCGGCAACGCAGACUUCACAGACAUGCAGAUCCUAGACGGAGACGACGGGAUCCUGAGGUCACCCAAGGGCGAGCCCGUUCUCCGGGACAUUGUCCAGUUUGUCCCCUUCAAGGAUUUCAAACACGCCUCCCCAGCCGCCCUGGCGAAGAGUGUUUUGGCAGAAGUCCCUAACCAGGUGGUGGACUACUACAACGCAAAAGGCAUCAAACCCAAGUGCAUGUCAGACUACGAGUCCACAAGAACAUUCAGCCCCUGACAAUGGACUACUUACAUAAAUACCCGCAGUAUACACAUAUACGAUAUAUCAUAACAUGUAUAUACAAAUAUAAAGACAUUUAUUUACUGUACUAUACCUACCUAUAAACAUGCAAAAGCACAAGCAAAUAGACACAAAACAUUUACACACAAUGGUACUAUAUACUAAUACAAUAGACUAGCUCAGAGAUUUAGCUCGUUCUGGUGAAACUACUUUAACUACUACAUUGAUGACUAUUGCAUGAGUGGCAUCACUUGAGAUGCUAUUACUUACUAACUGUAUAUUGGAAAGAUAUUUGUAGAAUUAAGAACGUCUUCUGAGCCAGCAUGCAGUCUCAAUCCUGACCCCGCCCAAACAAAUGACACUCUUACCUUAUUCAGAUAACUAGCAAGUUGUACAUGGACAAAGAUAUCUGUGGAAAGACUAAAAUAUGCGAUGCUCUGUGUAAGAUAUGUGACCCAAAAUGCUUAGGAUUAGAAUUGCAAAUCUAAUUACAGGACUAGUAGCAACCCCGGUAAUGUACUGCAUAAAUGCAUGCAUAAUUCUGCUCCUAAUAAUAUCCACUCCCCACUUCCUGCUUGCUAGUUAUGAAAUAAAGUAUCUCUGUCAUUUAAGCGACAUCCAACGUUGUCUCGGGAGUUUUGGGUUCUUUUCUACAGAUCUGUCUGAUGUUUUGCUAUAUAAAAAUAAACUACUGAAAAAUUGUAAUAAUUUCUUAAUAACCUUCUUACAUUGUAAAGAGUUUUGGGUGGAUAGACCAGUGUGUGUGGUAGACACUCAUGUGAAAGAAAAAAAACAUUUUCUGUAUUCUGCAUGUUGAUUCUAAUAAAGGCACUACAUUUUUUCUCAA